AUGGUGUUGGCAGAUUUGGGUAAGAGGAUUAAUACUGCAGUUAAUAGUGCGUUGUCCAAUACGCAGGAUGAUUAUGCCACGACUGUUGAUGUUAUGUUGAAGACAAUCGUUACAGCGCUGUUAGAAUCAGACGUUAACAUCAAGCUAGUAUCUAAGCUGAGGAACAAUUUGAGGAUUAAAUUGUUAGAUUCUAAAAGUGGUAACAAGUCUACUACUAAUGCACAGACCAAGAAAUUGAUUCAAAAGACUGUUUUUGAAGAAUUAUGUGAUUUGGUAGAUUGUAAAAGUGAACAACCAUUCCAACCAAAGAAAAAAAAGACUAAUGUGAUCAUGUUUGUUGGGUUACAAGGUUCCGGUAAGACUACUUCAUGUACAAAGUUGGCCGUGUAUUAUUCUAGAAGAGGAUUUAAGGUUGGAUUAGUAUGUGCCGAUACUUUCCGUGCAGGUGCAUUCGACCAGCUGAAACAAAAUGCAAUUAAAGCGCACAUACCGUUUUAUGGGUCCUACGUGGAGACAGAUCCUGUCAAAGUAGCCGCCGAAGGUAUUGCAAAGUUUAAGAAGGAGAAAUUUGAAGUUAUCAUUGUGGAUACUUCCGGUAGACAUCAUCAAGAGGAGGCACUUUUCCAAGAGAUGGUAGAAAUUUCUACAGUGGUAAAUCCAAAUCAAACUAUAAUGGUUUUAGAUGCAUCAAUUGGUCAAGCUGCUGAGCAACAAUCAAAGGCGUUUAAAGAAACUGCAGAUUUUGGUGCAAUUCUAUUAACUAAGAUGGAUGGACAUGCUAAGGGUGGUGGUGCUAUCUCAGCUGUGGCAGCAACGAAUACACCUAUCAUAUUUAUUGGUACUGGUGAACACAUUCACGAUUUGGAAAGAUUUUCACCCAAAUCUUUCAUUUCCAAACUAUUAGGUAUUGGUGAUAUUGAAUCACUAUUAGAACAAUUCCAAACGGUUUCUAAUACAGAGGAUACAAAGGCAACGAUGGAGAAUUUACAACAGGGUAAAUUCACGCUACUAGAUUUCAAGAAACAAAUGCAAACAAUUAUGAAAAUGGGACCUCUUUCUAAUAUAGCACAGAUGAUUCCAGGGAUGGGUAAUAUGAUGAGUCAGGUUGGUGAAGAAGAAACUUCGCAAAAGAUGAAAAAGAUGGUUUACGUAUUAGAUUCUAUGACGAGGCAAGAGUUGGAAUCCGAUGGUAGGAUCUUUGUAGAUCAGCCAAGCAGACUCGUUAGAGUUGCUAAGGGCUCAGGUACAUCUGUUUUUGAAGUUGAAAUGAUUUUAAUGCAACAACAAAUGAUGGCUAGAAUGGCGCAAACUACAAAGGCGGCUCAAGGUGGUGCUGGUGCUGGUGCUGGUGGUAUGCCACGUAUUCCUGGUAUGCCAAACGUGCCAGGAAUGCCAAAGAUGACACCACAAAUGAUGCAACAAGCCCAGCAGAGAUUAAAACAAAAUCCUGGGUUAAUGAAAAAUAUGCAAAAUAUGCUUGGUGGUGCAGGCGGUGCAGGCGGUGGUUUCCCCGGCGCAGGUGGUGGUAUGCCUGAUAUGAACGAAAUGAUGAAGAUGAUGCAAGAUCCUCAGAUGCAACAGAUGGCAAAACAAUUUGGCAUGGGCAUGUAA